AUGCCGGUGGGAACGCGCUCGCCCCGCUCCUUGAGGCCACCGCUUGCGGUGGGGACUCUGGCCAAGGGCUUCCCCGACUCGGGGACCCCCGGUAAGGGGCAGAAGGCUCCCGGAGAGCCCCCGGUCCAUACAUAUAAAAGGGCGGGUGUGGGCAGCGGGGGACGGGAUGGACCCGUGCCUCCUCCUCGGAACCGGAGCGCUGUGAGCGGGAGCCGGGCCCCUUUGCCCGCCCCUACCCGCUGCUCCCGGUCCCCGCUGGAAGCGGAGCCCGCCCGGAGCUGCCCACAGCCGGGGCACCGGCACGACGCUGUGCCCGGGGCCGGGGCUACUGCUAUACCCGGGCCACCGCCGGGCACCCCUGGGUGGGAGACUGCACACGGGGGUCACGGCAGUGCCCGCCGGUGCGUUCCCGGUGUGAGGCGGCUGCGGGUGCCGGGGAAAGCCCGCUGCCCCCCGCCCCUGGCCGGUGCGGCCUCGCCGUUGCCGGGAGAGAGGAGCGGAUCUCCUGCACCGGGCAGAGCCAGCCGGGCCCGGCCCUGGGCGGCCGCACGGGGGGGACGUGGAGCUGGACCUCGGCACCGCGUCCCGGGCUCUGCCCCGCCGCCCCUCCGAGCCGCGGCCCCCCUUUGUCCCGGGCCUGAGGUGUCCCUCUCUGGUCUGGGGGCAGAGCAGAGGCCGGGCUGGUCGGGGAACCCUGUUACCUCCCGGCAUGAGGGGGUGGUCCACACCGGUUUUUACACCCGAACAGCCGCAAAAAGCUUUGCAAGUGGGGCCCGUAAGUGCAGACUCGACGGGAGGGUCCGGCCGCCCCUCCCGCGGCAGCUUCCCCGCCCAGGACCCGUCGGGUUUAACCCCGACCUUUGCCGGGGGGGUGGCUGCGCCACAGCCUUGCCCGAGCGGGGUUACCCCCGGGGCACCGCCGCCUCCCCGACGGGGCGGGCCGGCCGCUGCGGGAGGCUGGGUGGGGAAAGGGGGCGGCCCGGGGCGAGCAGACGGGCCGGCCCCUGGGGACAGCGGCGGCCGUGGCGAAUGGCGCUGCCCCCCCGAGGGGUGACCCCUGCCCCGGCCCCACGCCCGGCCUGUCCCAGCCCCGCCGCUCGGGCUUUGUCCCCGCCGGCCGCCCCGUCCCUCCUCCCGCCCUCCCCCGCCCUCCAGCCAUCCCUCCGCCGCCGGCUCUGCCUCAACUUUAGUGGCAGGUCCCGGUGGCGCCGGAGAGCGGGAGAGGGACCCGCACCGGCACUGGCACCGAGCGGGAUUAUUCAGCCUCCAUCCCGGCCCGAGCCUCCUCCCUACCCUGCCACAGCCUGGGAAGGAUGCGGAGACCCGGAGCGACGGCGACCUCGGGCAGCACCGGCCCCAGCGGGGCGAGCAGAGGAGAAAUUCCUGUGUUGCUUCGACCUCCACUGUCCGGUGGCAUCCCUCACUGGGAACAGCGAUGGGAAGCAGCCAGGCCAGUGUGCACCCUCACCAUGGACAUGAAAGGAUGGAGCCCUCUGGGGUGCCACUGACUUGGUUUUCCUGCCUGUGGGAGCCACCAGGCCAGGAUAAUGCUGCUCCCAGCACCAGUUUGCAGCGACAAAGAUGUACAUGACUGUUGGGGAUGGGCUGGUUUCACACAUCCCUCCACAGCAAGCACAGCGCCUGCAGAGCCAGGCAAGGGAAGUGAGCUUCGCUGCCCCGAGGAUGCUUGACACCCCUUCACCUCUCCUCCAUGGGGUUAAAGCUACCCUGAAGGAGUUGGUGUGCUCACGUCAGAGGGGCUCAUGGAAAGGAGGGUUCCUGCACUGAUUCCCCUCCCCACACAGGCCAUAGAAGGAGCUGGACCUGAACCCGGAGCUGACGGAGCCCCUGCAGGGAAUUGGUGCUGGGUAUCCCACAGAUGGGGCAUUGGGACCCCCCCAAAACAACCAGCAGCAGCAAGGACGUGAGUGAAGAGCAAUGACCUACGAGGGUCAGCAGGAGACCUGGCACAAAGCGUGGCUCUCGGUGCCAUAAGUGGAUUCUGUGGGCUCCAGGUGACCCAGAGAGGCUGGAGAAAGGCCAAGGCUCAGCUGGAGACUUGGGCAGGAUCCAUGCGGGUGCCCUUCCCAUGCCCAGGGUAAGGGUUGGCUCCCUCCUUUCCCACAUAAACAGCCCCAAGGCUGGAGCCAGAUGUGCCCAGGGGGUCCCCUGCCCCGCUGCCAAAUGAGGGACCACGAGAUGACAUCUCAGGAAGCUGGAAGGACACAGAGCUGCUGCCACCAAACCCAAGGCAUCGGGAGGAUGAGAUCUGCAGCUCAAGGAAAGGAGAAAAUGCUCAUGUGCAUUAAAGGUGUUGCAAGCCCCCGG